AUGACAUGUAGUGUAGUUCUGGCGAUCAAGCAAGUCGGUUUGAUGCUCAUGAUGAAACGGGGCAGCGAUGGGUUAAGUGGCGUGAGCACAAACUACAGCCAGGCACCAGAUGAUUAUGAUAUGUGUAGCACCGUGGACGAGGCAUGGUCGCUGGAAUCUUUGGCCGGAUUACAAGGCCGCCGUGGAAGCGUGGGCGCGGUGCCAGGAGCCAGGCUCCCAGGCACAAGAGGCAAACACGGGUCCAGAGUAAUGAGAUCUGCAAGACACCGGGCCCUUGAGAUUGAGCGGAUGAAAAGGUUUAUCAACUGUUUGUUCUAUUUUGACCCUCGGCUGUUCCCCAGAAUUUCCGAGCCGCUGUUCAGCACCUGGGAGAAUGGGAACCGAACUGGGAAGGCUUUUAGUGCGGUAGCCGGUUGGCGAAGGCUGAGUAUCGACAUACGCAGUACAUGUUGAUUGGGAGCGGCCAUCGGAUUGAAGUGGGGUGGACAUUAUCUUCUUGGUGGUGGAAAAGCCUAUGACGCCUCUGUCAUUCAUGUACCUUACCUCGAGUUUACCCCCGGCUGUCAGCAAUCCCGUGAGAUUCGACCUAUGAGAAGGCUGAGGGAGCUGACGAACGUCAUUGCUUGCUGAUGCGAAUUUGACAGCGAAGCAAAAGCACGUCGUCUUUGCUCGACCAGUUCUUGAAUGACUCGAUCGUCCAAUCUGCGCAGCUGGAACACAACGAGCGAGAGGGAUUGUCAGGGCCAAGCAAAGUGGGAAUUUGGAGCAGGACGAGCGG